AUGAUUGACAUUACCUCUGUUCCUACACGUGUUUUGACGAGUCCCUUUUCUCUCUUGGCAGUUGACACUGCUUUCUCCAAUGACACAUGUGAGGAGAAACUCUUUCUGUUUUUUGUUGGAAAUGAUAGGGCGUGUGUUGCCUCUUUCCAAGAGGGGGGAAAACCGUUUAUCUGCAGGUUUCUUCCACAAUUUCAUCGUACGUUAACAACUGGGGUAUGUUGUGCGAUGUCUUCCAAUGAUGGAGGUGUGUUCGUUCUGGGUGACUCUAACUCUACUGUCACAUUACAUUACAUUAAUCAAUUAACGCAUAGUACAACUUCUACGGAUAGUUGUAGUAGUACUAUUUUUGUAGGGAACGCUUGGGACGUAACUACACGUAUUAAUCAUAUUGUACCUGUUCGCGGUAGCAGUGUAGUAGAUGCUGUCUGUACCCGUAGUGGUGAAUUAGGAACAGUGUGGAAGAUGAAAUUUGAUCGUGAGGAAGCAAAUAUCCUUAGAGUUGACAGUUCACUGGUCCGACUAUUUUCACAGAAUAAUAAUAAUAAUAAUAAUAAUAAUAAUAAUAAUAAUCAUAGUAAUAUGUCAGAUUGUUUUAUGGGUGCUACUUCAGGAGGAGUCUCAUUAAUCUCUCCAGAGACGGGAAGUACACUUUUUGAGUUUAGACUCCCAUAUGGAAAACAAUCUGGAGAAGUGGUGCAGGCAAGUAGAAGUGGGGAUUCGUUAUUAGCGGUGGUAACGUCGUCUGGUGUUGCUCAUGUAUAUGAUCAGCGUCGUACAGAAAAACCUAUUUGGUCAAAGUCACUGCGUGAGUCAACAAUUAAUUUUAAGAGCAAUGAUGGCAGUAUAAGUAGCAGCAACUACGACGAUUAUAUUCAUACGUCUAUUAUUACUAAUUGUAGUACAGGUGUAUGGGCCAUUUAUUCCAAUAAAGCUCUGUAUUUCUUACGCUGCAUUGAUGAGUCAGUUGUAUGUCGUUCUUUCCCUUCCCCAGAAUGUCUCCUGUCACCUAAUAUAAACGUUAAUGGACUAUGCUUCACGAAUAAUAUUCUUCACAUUGUUGGAAGCAAAAGGGACGAUUGA